GCAUUGUUGGCUGGCCGUUUUGAUCUAGCCCAAAACUCCCGCAAGUGUUUGCGAAGCUCUCGAGGCCUGGAAGAUUGGGGACGGAGCGAGAGGAAAGAAUUCGGGGACGAAGCGGGAGACGGCCGACCUCGCCGCCGGCAACGGCAGAACCCAAGAAUCGCGGCGCGAGGCGGAGGCAUCACCCUGAGCUCCAGUCGCUACGUCCGAGAUCCAAGCCACCUACGCAGGCGCCAAGCUGCCGCCGUCGUCCCCGGGGCUUCAAGCGCUUCCGCCGUCAUCCACGGGCUCCAGGCUGCCGCCCCCAUCCUCGACCACCUCCUCUGGUUCAGAGGAGGGGCUGAAUCGCCCUGCCCACCUUGCAGCCUGACCGGCAGCGAUGGCGUCUCGGAAGCUUCUCCUUGGCAUCAGGACGGCAAGGCGAUUCAGCUCUCGUGCCCCCGUACUCCUCUCGGCCCCAGCCAUCCUGGGAACCUCCACUGCUAGCUCCCCAGCUGCUGCCGCCACGUCGAAGCCGUCAGGCAGAUCACCGUGGGUGCUGCUCUUCUCUUCUAGGGCCUUGUCCUCGACGAUUCCGUUGCAACAGGCCGCUGGAGAUGCACCUGUCACACCCGCGGUGGACCAUACGUCGGUAAUGCCAGAAGAUAAAUUCCAUAAGUUAGCAGAUGAGACGAUACAUUAUUUGCUUGACAAACUUGAGGAAUAUGGUGAUUCUCAACAGAUGGAUGGCUUCGACAUAGACUAUGGGAAUCAAGUUCUGACAUUGAGGCUAGGCGAUCUUGGGACUUAUGUUGUAAAUAAGCAAACACCAAACAGACAAAUCUGGCUAUCUUCACCUGUGAGCGGCCCUUCUAGGUUUGAUUGGGAUGCAACAACCAAUAGUUGGGUGUACCGGCGGACUGGAGCAAACCUUAUGCAACUUCUGGAGAAGGAGGUCGGUGAGCUCUGUGGCACUCCAGUAGAACUUUCAUAACAGCUCCGGGAAAUGGCAUCUAGCUAAGUUUGAUGGACCAUAUGAAACUUCGAGGAAGUAUGGAUGAGAUAAGGCCUUGCAAUAAUAUGUUUAGUCUUGCCGAGGGAAACCAAAAGAAAUGUCAUGUUGCAUAUUUGCUCACUUAUUUGGAUUUUGGAAUAAAUGUUUGCCCUUUGCCAACAACAUGGUAGCAAUCAAGACAUGUCUGUUUUAGUCAAUUGUACGAUUGAACUGGUCUGAGUUUGUAUUGUUUACUGA